AUGUGUGCUCUUGAAUCAAAGGAAUCUGUUUCCUUUUUUUUUGUUUUCACUCAACCAAAUCCUUCCAAACAAACAUGGCUGGAAGAAACGCACGAGAAGCAAGACUGCCGCGAUGGCUCAAUCUGCGAUGGGCCAAAGCCACUCGUCCCAAGAUCCUGCGAUUUAAAUGGGGCACCACCUUCUCACGACGCCACUAUUGUGAACCUACCGCACACCCAUGUUGUUGGGCCACCACAUGGUUCCAUGGUUGGAGCCGUGCGUAGCCACAAGGCAUAG